AUGGCCCCCCAUGCUGCACCUCCAGCUGCACCUGUACGAGUACCUGCCACAAUCGCUAUCGCCAAUCCUCGGACAUUUUUGGCGUCUUAUCGGGGCGCUAAAGACUCUGACGAUCCACUAAAAUAUCCAACCCCAGUCAUCUGGUAUUUUUCGCGCAUCUCAGCGUACCUAGUAGCUACCUACAGUACCAUCACCACCUUUCGAUAAACAACCACAGUACUGGUAAUCAUGGCACCCAAAAGACCUCUCGAAGACGACAAUGCCGUUUCGGCGUCUAAGAAGCCCCGAUCAGGCUUCAAAGUAGGUCCUGACAAUCUUCCCGAUGGAACCUACAGAAGAAAAGGUAUUGAGACACCCCUCCUUCCCUUCAGCUACAGUACCAUAAGCUCAUACGUUACUACAGUAAUCAAGAUCAAAAAAGAUCUGAUCCACAAAGCCAAAGUCAAGAAGUCCUACGCCAAAAUCAAGGCUCAAGAACCCAUAGUCGAGGCCCCCGUCAUCAGCGAACCACUACCAGAACCUGUUUCGCAAGAACUCCACCCAGAGCGACAAGCAAUGCUUGAUGCGCCCAAAGAAUCCACCCCACCCCCUCAUCAACAAUCCGAAAGACCUCAGAAGCGCAGACAACAGAAGCCGAAAUACUUCGAGAAGGAGGAAGCUUAUGCUGCGCAGAAGAAGGCUGAGGCCGAGGCUAGGAGGGCAGAGUUUGAAAGGAGACAGAAGGAGAAAUCUCAGAAGAUUGAGGAAAGAGAGACUUUCCGCAAGGCCAUGGCGAAGGCUAGAACUGGUGGAAAGAAUGGACAGCGGAAGUUGGGCCGAGAAAGCAAAGUACUAUUGGAGAGAGUAAAGAAGAUUGUGGGAAAUUGAAGAAAGAAAGUGAAAAGUUUUGAUGCCCAUUUGCCGGCGUUGAUGUAUACAACAGACUUAAUAAUAUGAGAGUUCCUUGUCUUGGAGCAGAGAAAAGAAACACUUCAAGUUCGGGCUUUGAUUUAGUCGAUUGGGCCAUACUCUUCUAGAUCGAAAGGCUCUUUUUGGAAGCGGAAGCAUAGGAGA